CGUCAUUCCAAAGCAAGUGGAAGACCUUCCAUCACUUAUAAAGGCACCACUUUCUUGUAAGUUACCUGCGUCUGCUAAUGAGGAAGAUAAGUAUCAUCUUCGAGAAUUUAUAUAUACAAAUGAAGAAGAUCGUGAAAGUCAAUUAGCUUCACAUAUAAGUUAUGUGUUAAGUAAUGCCAUCCCAUGGCGAUACAACACAGGCAACAAAUCGGAAGAUAUGAUGCACAUGCCCAUAGACUUGUUGAUCAGUAAUACACUUGAAUUAUUUAAGGAGAACCUUGGCGAAGCUCUUCCAAUUGACCUUGAUCGCAAUAGGGCAGACCCAGGAUCAACAACAAAAGGGUCUUCUCGGCCAGACUUUGUUUGCUGGUUAAAAGAUGCAAUGGUACUAAAGGGCGAAGAGAAGGCCAGUGCUAAAGACUUUAAGAUGGCUCUUCAUGAUCUUGAUGAGAAAUUCAAUCGAAUUGACCCUCUGAUUUUUGGUGACAUUGAAUUUAUAAUCUGUUAUGCAGUGGCAGGGCCGAAGUUGUGCUUUUAUGCAAUUGACGGGUCGCAGGAUGCUCCUAACUACUUAGUUCCGCUCUCAAAUGAGCUUGACAUUACUAUACCUCAGAAUCGAAUCACAGCUAUUCAUAUUGUUAUUAAUAUUACACGCAUUAUUAGAACCAUAGGGAAAGAAAUAAUCAUUCCUCUUAGUGGUAGAAAUCUUAAUUAA